ACCAGAGAAGAGUGUGGGUAUAAAAGAGUGAUGUGGCAAUGCAAGAGAAAAAAGGUUGAGCUCUCUCACUCACACAUACACUUAAAACUUUUAUUUUCUCUUGAGAAAUUGUUCUGCAUGCAUGGAGGCUUUUGAUUUCAGCAAUUCGAAAGAAGAGAAAGGCAGCGCCAUGUCUGGCCAUAUCUUCUCCGGCAUUGCCAAGACGCUUCGCAUUCUGGAACUCUGCAUCGCUCUCUUCCUACUCUCCUGGAUCCUCACGCGCCUCCCUCUCGCCAUCCGCCUCUCCGCCAACUGCCUCCGCAGCCCUCUCUUUGUCUUCGCUCUCUUCAACGCUAUCAUUGCCGCCCUCCUCGCCCAGUCCGCCCGACUCUCCGCCUCCGAUCACCGCACCUCCCACUCCGAACCUCAAGCAGAGCACCGGCACAAUCAACUAAUAACGGAUCGAGCUGUAACGGACACGUGUACGGACAAUGGUUCAUGUGCCGCGGCGGAUUCAGGUUCCAAUUUCAGUUCCCAGAGAGUUUUCCGGCGGAUUCGAUCGGAGAAGUUGGAGGAGGAUGAGGGAAGGACGACGGAGAGGAAGAAACUGCGGCGAUCGGAGACGGAAACGGAGACGGCGAAGGCGGUUGAAAGUUCGUAUCCGCAGCAUGAUAAGCUGAGCAACGAGGAGUUCCGGCAAACCAUAGAGGCGUUCAUUGCGAGGCAAAUGAGCCUUCUCCGGGAAGAGUCGUUGGCCAUUGUUGUUAAAACCUCAGAGUAAAUCAACAAUAUUAGUAACUACUAAGUAUUUCAUUAUGAUUAAUUAGUGACAUUAAGCAUGAAAAUAAAAUUAAAAUUACACUUUAAUCAACAAUCUUUCAGGUUUAUGGUAUCACUUAGAAAUGUUACAGCCUUAACUUACCGCUAUAUUAAAAUUACACUGAAUAUCAAUAAGACGGAUUAGCCUUUACCAAAUUAUUUUCUUCACCUAAUUUCAGUUUGUACGUAAUUUGAUGUGUUGAGGUGUUCAUUACUCUCUGGAAAAAGUUUUAAAAAAGGCGCAAUGAGUUUCAAUGUUUUGAUUCGCUAAUUCACCAUAAGGAGGAGGUUUGGGUUUCUAUGGUUGCAAAUCACGCUUAUACGGAAUCACGGAACAGAACCAACCAUUGUGGCUGGCUGAAUGAAUAUAUUCCGAUUUAGAGUAUUAUGUGAUUUACUUGGAGCAGUUUAUUACGGACUUGGAAAGAAUUGGAAUCAAUGUAUUGGGG